CCUUUCUUUCAAAGCUGUAAAAUUUUCGUUCUUUUUCUUUCUCCACUCCCUAAUACGUUUCCAUUUGGUAAAUUACAGUCAGACGGAGUGAAGUAGGUAGCGACGUGUGAUAAGCAGGUUGCGACGGGGACGAUAUGCGACCUAUCUGAAGAAAGCAGCUAUUGUACAGGAAAAAGACAAGGAACGGUAUAAUGUUAUGCAACCGAGAACAGAUUAUUUUAUGGUAUUUCGCUUUUUCGCUGGAAGUUAGUUCUAUUACUACUUAGCACCUUCCGCUCUGUUGGUUUGUGGAACAGUCGCACCAGCAACCAUGAAGUGUAUCUCCGUGAUCUCAAUCUGUUUCCUUCUUCUUUUGGGUACUCAGAGUGUGACAUCUAAAAAUAUAUCUGAGAAUGAGAGAGGCCUACGGCAAGCAAGUGUCCCACCAAGAGGUUGGAAUUCCUAUGAUUCCUUUUGCUGGACAAUUUCUGAAGCAGAAUUUUUACAGAGUGCAGAAGUCAUCUCUCAGCGCCUCCAUGCCCAUGGAUAUGAGUAUGCUGUGGUGGAUUAUCUUUGGUAUAGAAGGAAAGUAGAGGGUGCCUAUACCGAUUCACUUGGAUUUGAUGUGAUUGAUGAAUGGGGAAGGAUGAUUCCUGAUCCACAAAGGUGGCCUUCUUCUAAAAAUGGGAAAGGGUUCAAAGAAGUGGCGGAUAAAGUUCAUAGCAUGGGUUUGAAGUUUGGGAUUCAUGUUAUGAGAGGGAUAAGUACUCAAGCAGUCAAUGCAAACACCCCUAUCCUUGAUCCAAGGAAGGGAGUUCCAUAUACAGAAUCCGGUAAAGUGUGGCAUGCAAAAGACAUAGCAAUCCCAGAAAGGGCUUGUGCAUGGAUGCCUCAUGGUUUCAUGAGUGUAAAUACGAAACUCGGAGCUGGAAGAGCAUUUUUGAGGUCCCUCUAUGAGCAGUAUGCAGCUUGGGGUGUUGAUUAUGUGAAACACGAUUGUGUGUUUGGCGACGACUUAGAUUUGAAUGAAAUAACAUACGUUUCAGAGAUUCUCAGGGCACUUGAUCGCCCCAUUGUAUACUCUCUGUCCCCUGGAACCAGUGUGACACCAGCGAUGGCGAAGGAUGUCAGUGGACUAGUUAACUUGUAUCGCAUAACAGGAGAUGACUGGGAUACAUGGGGUGAUGUGGCGGCUCAUUUUGAUGGGACAAGGGAUUUUUCUACUGCUGGUAUGAUAGGAGCGAGGGGUUUGAAGGGAUAUUCAUGGCCUGAUUUAGAUAUGCUACCAUUGGGAUGGCUAACUGAUCCAGGUUCAAAUGUAGGUCCACACAGGUAUAGUCGUCUUAAUCUAGAGGAGCAAAAAACUCAGAUGACGUUGUGGGCUAUGGCAAAGUCUCCUCUCAUGUAUGGAGGGGAUGUGCGGAAGCUUGAUCAAACGACAUACAAUCUCAUCACAAAUCCUACUCUUCUGGAGAUUAAUUCCUUUAGUUCAAAUAAUAUGGAGUUUCCAUAUAUCACAAGCUUGAUGGAUAUGAAGAUUCGGGGACAGAGUUUUGCAGAGCAAAUGUCAGGAUCUAAGAGAAGCAGGCAAAAAUCAUAUACACAUUUAAUUGGUCUCACUGGCUGUGCUGAGUCAAAGGCAGUUGGGUGGUCAAUUGAAAGCCUUAAAGAAGAUGUUGAAAGAAUCUGUUGGACAAGGAGCUCAGGAAACAAGCAUCAGGCCGCUUUCUGUGUGCACAAGAGAGAAAUUCGUGUGGCAUUAGAAGAGAGUACGAAUCAAGAAGAAUACAGAAGAAAACAUCAUUUAGUUGCAGCCAAGACAAAGCAACUUUGUCUUGAAGCUUCUCCAAAAAGAAAGCUUACUUCUAAAGAAUUUAAGAGAGGCUCAUUUUCUCCUUGCAGAUGGGAUGCAAAUCAGAUGUGGGAAUUGAACCCUAAUGGGACCCUGGUAAAUAGUUAUUCCAGCCUGUGUGCGACAGUAGAUCCUGCCAAAGCUAAAACUCAUUCUAUUAAUGGGAUUCGCUCCUGGAUUGCAAAAGGAAGACGAGGAGAAGUCUAUGUUGCUUUUUUCAACCUGAAUGAACAGAAGACAGUGAUAUCUGCAAAGACAUCAGACCUGGCCAAGGUAAUACCUGGCAACUAUAACGCAUGUGAGUGCAGGGAAGUGUGGAGUGGAAAGGACUUCGACGCAAGACAUGGGACACUCUCAGCAGAAGUGGAAAAGCGUGGGUGUGCACUGCUUGUCCUUAAUUGCCACUAAGCUGCGGUAAAGCUGUAGCUUUGCACUGUUGUUGAGGUUUGUCCCCCCCCCCCCCCCAAAAAAAAAAAAUCCAUUUCUAUCUCAUUCCCGCAUAUCUUGGAGCUGUAUGCAAAUGCAGUGUAGUUAGUAACUGGAGGAUGUGCUUCUUGUCAGACAUUAUUUAAGCAAUCAUAAUUGUGUUAAUCUCUUUGUUCCA